AGCCACAGUGACCAUCCAACCUCUACCACACAAGAUCUCUCCAUCUCACCACAAAAAGAUAAUUUUUUUUCUUUCUACCUUCUUCUUGUUGAAGAAAGGAUAAAGAAAAAAACAUAUAAACAUUUCAGUUUAAUUAUUCCACAGACCUUUACUUAAUUAUUUGUAUGUACUUGAAACCAGCCAGAACAGAGAAAAUUCCAGAAAAAUAUUAGUCCUAUACAAAUGGCUAGAGUAGCUGGCAUAUUUGUUUGUCUCCUGAUUGUAAUCAUGGAUAUAGCAGCUGGGAUUCUUGGUUUGGAGGCUGAAAUUGCACAAAACAAGGUUAAGCAUUUGAAAUUGUGGAUAUUUGAAUGUAGAAAGACAAGUCAUGAUGCCUUCAUGUUGGGAUUGGGUGCAGCAGUGCUUUUGGGACUAUCUCAUGUUAUAGCCAAUUUGUCAUGUUGCUGCAAUUGUGUUUGUUCCCAACAAGAAUCUAAGAAAGCUUCCUGUAAAAGGAAACUCUCUCUGGCUUGCCUUAUUUUAACCUGGUUGGUGGUGGCUGUUGGAUUGUCCAUGUUGGUGAUAGGGUUUAUGUCCAAUAAGAGGGCACAUAGUUCUUGUGGUUUCUCACACCAUCACUUUUUGUCUAUUGGUGGAAUUGCCUGUUUUAUCCAUGGUUUAUUAUGUGUUAUAUAUUACAUUUCUGCCGCUGCCUCUUUAGAUUAGUAUUUUGUAACAUAAUAGUAACAUCUAUUGGUCACUGAGUUAUUUUAUUAGGG